AUGCAUCUUUUUAUGCCUGCAUUUUUCUACUUACAUGUAUGUACCCAUGCCAUGCCAGCGUUUCUCCUGGUGCCUUGUGCGUUCAUGCCGCAUUGGCAUUUUUGCAGCUUAAUUAGCGGUACCAGUAACCUUGCUGUAUGUAUUUAUGUCUGUAUUUUUGUGCCCAUGUCAUGUCAUGCCAUGCCAUGCCAGCGUCUGGUGGAUGCUGAUGUGGCGGAACAUGGCCUCCCUCGUCAAUCAUUGACCCCCUUGUUUGCUUGCCUGCUUGUCGCUCACGGCCACUUAAUUUUGCUGCUGCUCACAGGCUCCACGUUCCUCAUAUGGUUCGGCCCGACGCCGCGGCUCGCCGUCGCCGACCCCGACCUCAUCCGGGAGAUCCUCCUCUCGCGCGCCGAGCACUUCGACCGCUACGAGUCGCAUCCCAUGGUGCGGCAGCUCGAGGGGGAGGGGCUCGUCAGCCUGCGCGGCGAGAAGUGGGCGCACCACCGCAGGGUGCUCGCGCCCACCUUCCACAUGGAGAACCUCAAGAUGCUGCUGCCGUUCAUCGGGAAGACGGUGGUGGACAUGGCGGAGAAGUGGGUCACCAUGGCCGACCCCGCGUCCGGUGAGGUCGAGAUCGACGUGUCCGAGUGGUUCCAGAUCGUGACAGAGGACGCCAUCACGCGCACGGCCUUCGGCCGGAGCUACGAGGACGGCAAGGCAGUCUUCAAGCUCCAGACGCAGCUCAUGGCCUUCGCCUCCGAGGCAUUCCGCAAGGUCUUCAUCCCUGGAUACAGGUUCUUGCCGACCAAGAAGAACACGAGCUCGUGGAAACUGGACAAGGAGAUCAGGAAGAACCUGGUGACGCUCAUCGGCCGGCGGCAGGAGGCCACGGACGACGAGAGGCUCCAAGGGUGCGCCAAGGACCUCCUCGGCCUCAUGAUCAACGCCAGCAGCAACGGCGGCAGGAGACGGCAGCCGGUUAGCCCCAUCAGCGUGAAUGACAUCGUGGAGGAGUGCAAGACGUUCUUCUUCGCCGGCAAGCAGACGACGUCCAACCUCCUGACAUGGACCACCGUGGUGCUCGCCAUGCACCCGGAGUGGCAGGAGCGUGCCAGGCAGGAGGUCCUCGAAGUCUGCGGCGCACACGACAUCCCCUGCCGCGAGCAGCUCGCCAAGCUCAAGACUCUCGGCAUGAUCCUGAACGAGACGCUGCGGCUGUACCCUCCGGCGGUGGCGACGGUGCGGCGGGCCAAGUCCAACGUGGUGCUCGGCGGUUACCACAUCCCGCGCGACACGGAGCUGCUGAUCCCCAUCAUGGCCGUGCACCACGACGCGCGGCUGUGGGGGCCGGACGCGACCCAGUUCAACCCGGCACGGUUCGCGGACGGCGUGGCGCGGGCGGCCAAGCACCCGACGGCCUUCAUACCCUUCGGGCUGGGGGCGCGGAUGUGCAUCGGCCAGAACCUGGCGCUCCUGGAGGCCAAGCUCACGGUGGCCAUCAUCCUCCAGCGGUUCGAGUUCCGGCUGUCGCCCAAGUACGUCCACGCGCCGACGGUGCUGAUGCUCCUCCACCCGCAGUACGGCGCGCCCGUGAUCUUCCGAUCCCGCUCAUCAUCCCAGACGCCAGAUCAUCACCUGUGAAAAGAUGAUGAACUCACUAACAACAUUGUCAGUGCGAAUUGUGACUGGCAGAAUGACAGGCCGAAAUGACCAUGUGCUGCUCAUGGUGUGUGCUGCUUUGCUUUGUCAUAUCCAGGGCAGAGAUCACUGGAGCAAAGCUCUGCUGCCACCAAGAGAAUGACUACAAGAACCACCCCCCCUGUACUGUACUGCACUAACAUAUAAUGCCUGCCAGCAGCUUAGAUUAGUAGAGAGGUAGUAACAGUGUAGAAGGCUUGAGCUUGAGCUGUGUAUCCCAAGUUUUUCUGUCCUUUUCGGGUUGAUGAUGGUUUCUUCCUCGGUGGAUGGAUGGGGUUUGGUGUGUAUGGAUGGAAGAUUGCAAAUUGUACACAUGUCAUGUUCCUUUUGUUCUUUGGCAAGGGCGAGAGGAUAAACGGAGAGGGGCAAAAAGAGUACAAGAGGAAAGGCAGGUAUGAGAGAUGCAUGCAUGAUGCAAAGAUUGUGGCGCCACAGUGCCCCUCUGAUUACUUUCUCUGUCAUUCUUGUGGUCCUUCUCCCGCGAUGCAGAGUAGAAGCCAUUAAAUGAAGAGAUGGGCACCACUGGGUGCGG